AAAGCUCGCUGCACUCCCAGGCUUUACAUGCUGUAGGCGGCUGUCAACUCUGUCCUAUACUUCUACCUCCUUUUUAUAGCUUAGGAUGAAGUAUUCUGGAAAGACUGCCUUCAUAACAGGUGGCGCAUCUGGCAUCGGAAAGUAUCUCACAGAGCAUCUCACCGCCAACGGCGCUGUCGUGGUCUGCGCCGACAUUAACGCCAAUGCCGGUACAACUUUUGUCAAAGGGUUGAACCAGAGCGUUCCUGCUCCCAUAGCCCACUUCUUACAGCUGGACGUGACGAAGCGGGAUGCUGUCUUUGAUGCCUUUGAGAGGGCUCACUCGAUGAUUACCAAAGUCGACCCGAAAGCCAGACUGGACUUCGUCUUUCCGAACGCCGGUGUCGCCGCUCGUGGUUUCCCGUAUCAACAGGGAGGAGUUAACUUGUCGCCCAUUAACGUCAACCUCAUAGGUGUCAUAUACACCAUCGAAGCUGCCGUUCGGUACUUCAGAACCCACGACGUCCACCCAGGCCGAAUUGUCGUCACCGCCUCGCUGUCAUCCGUCUUCCCUUUAAAUACGGAUCCUCUUUAUACGGCCUCGAAAGCCGGCGUCCUGGCACUCGUACGUGCCACGGCAGCCCAAACGGUUAGAGACAAUAUCUAUGUCAAUGCUGUGGGCCCGGGCUUCACUCUCACGCCUCUCAUCCCUCCAGAAGUCGAACGCAAGCUCCGCAGACUAGGUCUUUCGACCACACGAGACACAGUCAUCCGCGCGUUCGAACUGUUUCUGGACCCCUCGUCCAAGCUGUACGGUCAAUUCGCCCAAGCAGUAGACGACGAAGUGGUGUUGUGCGAAUAUCCCACCCCCAAUUUCAAGAGUCAUCACAACGCAAAGCUUUAGGAUUGAUAAAUACCCACUCUUGGACAGAAUCCCGGAAUAAAUAUCUUGGUAUCCUUAUUUUCUACGCGCAUGUAGGAGCGUUUCACGCCUAUGUUGAACAAGGGCCUAGCUCAGUAUUACUGUCGAGAUAUUGUUGCACGUCGAUGUAACGUUC